CAAUCUCAAAGCUUGGAAACAUUCAACAAUGUCAAAUGAAAGGGCAGCAGCGCCUACAGAACCCAACUCCGGCGUUGAUCCUUACCAGCGCCUACAGAUAGCUUGCAAUCCUGACGGCAGCAUCACGCGCUUGUUUAACUUUCCAGACGCGCCGCCCUCAUCUGAUCCGAAGCUUCGCACUCCGGUUCUAUCCAAAGACAUCACCAUCAACCAAUCAAACAACACCUAUCUUCGACUGUUCCUUCCCCACCAUAUACUGGACCAAACCUCACCGCCAACUAAUAAGCUUCCUCUCGUCGUUUUCUACCAUGGUGGAGGUUUCGUAUUACUGAGUGCAGCCUCCACCAUUUUCCAUAAUUUCUGUGCCAACUUUGCAACCGACGUCCCUGUGAUCAUUGCAUCCGUCGAGUACAGGUUGGCUCCUGAGCACCGGCUGCCGGCGGCGUAUGAUGAUGCAACGGAGGCCCUUCAGUGCAUCAAAAACAGCCAAGAUGAUUGGUUGAGGAACUACGCGGACCUCUCCAAGUGUUUCCUAAUGGGAUCCAGCGCUGGGGCUAACAUAGCCUACAAUGCAGGACUGCGUGUCGCAGCUGACGGCGAUGACCUCCUCCACCCCUUGAAGAUAAGAGGGCUGAUACUGAUCCAACCUUUCUUCGGCGGUAUUCGAAGGACCAGCUCGGAGUCAAGGCUAGUGAACGAUCCUGUUUUGGCGCCUAGUGUCUGCGACCUCAUGUGGGACUUGUCAUUGCCUAUUGGAGCUGACCGUGAUCACAAGUAUUGCAAUCCAAUGGCAGGUGGCGAUUCGAAUGGCUUUGAUCGAGUGAAAGAACUUGGUUGGAGAGUUUUAGUGACCGGAUCCGAUGGAGACCCGCUGGUCGAUCGUCAGAUUGAGCUGGUGAAGAUGUUGGAAGGAAAGGGGGUGAUAGUGGUGAGUCAGUUCACUGAAGGAGGUUAUCAUGGAGCGCAAGAUGUUGAACCCUCCAAAGCAAAGGAAGUGUUCGUCCAUGUUAAACAUUUCAUAUAUCCUUGAUUUGUUGAACCGUCCUUGAUCCGUAACAUUUUUGUUCUUUCCAAUAAAAUUUCGUAAUUAAUAUUGAGAUA